UGCUGUCAACGUCCUGCUCGCAAGGCUGAUGACGUGGCUGUCAUGGCGGCGCCCGUGGCUGACAGUUGGAGCUGGUUUCCUGUUUUAGCGUUUGCAGUUUCUCUCUUCAAAUGUCUCUUCAUCAACGCCUAUCACUCCACAGACUUCGAGGUUCACAGGAACUGGCUGGCCAUCACCCACAGCCUGCCGCUGUCCAGGUGGUACUACGAGAACAGCUCAGAGUGGACUCUGGACUAUCCUCCGCUGUUCGCCUGGUUCGAGUUCGGUCUGUCCCAUGUGGCCCGGCGCUUCGACCCCGACAUGCUGGACGUGCAGCGGCUGCAGCACCGCAGCCCGCCCACCGUGCUCUUCCAGAGGCUGUCGGUCGUCUGCAGCGACCUGCUGCUCGUCUUCGCCACCAGAGAGUGCUGCAGGUGUGUUCGAGAACAGAAGCCCAGCAGGGACCUCCUGAAGCGGCCGUCUUUCAUCCUGGCUGUGCUGCUGCUCUGGAACUUCGGCCUGCUCGUCGUCGACCAUGUUCAUUUCCAGUACAACGGCUUCCUGUUUGGCGUCCUCCUGCUGUCCGUGGCUAAACACCUGCAGUCCAGACACCUGCAGGGGGCGCUGCUGUUCGCCGUGCUGCUCAACCUGAAGCACAUCUACCUGUACGUCGCUCCGGCCUACGGCAUCUACCUGCUGCGCAGCUUCUGCUUCACCCAGGACAACACAGACAGCUCGGUCAGGUGGAGCAGCUUCAGUCCGGCUCGCCUGGCGGCUCUGGGCGUCAUCGUGACCUCGGUGUGUGUCGUGUCCUUCGGGCCGUUCGUCCUCCUGGGUCAGCUGCCGCAGGUUCUGUCCCGCCUCUUCCCCUUUAAGCGCGGCCUGUGCCACGCCUACUGGGCUCCCAACGCCUGGGCGCUCUACAACGUGCUGGACAAGACGCUGGUGACACUGGGCGUUCGUCUGAAGCUGCUGCAGGAGGCGGAGCUUCCCAAAGCCUCCAUGACGGGCGGCCUGGUGCAGGAGUCCCAGCAUGCCCUGCUGCCUUCCAUCUCUCCCUCCGUCACACUCGUCUGCACUCUGCUCUCAGUCCUGCCGGCGGCGCUCAGUAUCUGGCUGCGUCCUCGCGGCGCCCGGGGUUUCCUGCGCUGCCUGGUGCUCUGCGCCCUGGGCUCCUUCCUGUUCGGCUGGCACGUCCACGAGAAGGCCGUGCUCAUGGCCGUCCUGCCGCUCAGCAUCCUGGCGGUGGAGAGCAGAGAGGAUGCUGGGAUCUUCCUGGUUCUGGCCACCACAGGACAUUACUCCCUGUUCCCACUGCUGUUCACCCCAGCAGAGCUGCCAAUCAAAAUCCUGCUGAUGCUGAUGUUUACGCUGUACUCCUUCACCGCCCUGACGAGCCUCUUCAGCGGUCACGGCUCUUUACUCCAUCCUCUGGAAGUCGUCUACCUGUUGGGCCUCGUUGUCGUGGCGAUCGCAUGCGAGAUCGUGUACCCGCUGACGCCAUGGCAACAGACGCUGCCCUUCCUCCCCCUGCUGGCGACGUCGGUGUACUGCGCCCUGGGCGUCUGCUACUCCUUCGUCCGCCUGUACGUCAUCCUGCUGAGGCAGGAAGUGAAGAGCAAACAGCUGUGAGCUGCACAUCACAUCAACACACAGAUCGCCAUGACGACCGCACUUAAAGGGAGGAUCCCCCCAAAACAACUUCUUUAAAUCAGCUGUUGGUGAUGCUGGCGCCUGUUUUUUCCGGCCACUCGUAGGCGAGGUGACGUCACGUCCAGAUAUUUGUUUCAUAUCAGAAAAUGUUAAAUGUAAAACCAACAGCUCAGAGCAACACGCUGGCACCUUCUCUGGAGGUAGUCAGAAAGCAUGCUGGGAAAUGUAGUAAACUACUAACUGCAGUGGAAGUAGGUGAGUUAGGCUGCAGCAACGUGGCGUCACCAAAAAAAAAAAAAUCUUCUGAACUUUAUUCGGGAAGUUGCUGCUGAAUCGUCCUGAACACCACA